AUGUCUCUAGACUGUUUCAGUGGUAAUUGUGUACGUCAUCGUGUUGGAUGUAUCAUUGCUGACACAGAUCAACGCAUCAUUGCUACAGGUUAUAAUGGUACGCCGGAUAAUAUCAAAGCAUGUGAUCAAGGUGGAUGUAAACGUUGUUGGAAUAUGUCAAUUGAACAUGGUGAAAGAUUGGACGAAUGUAUUUGUAUACAUGCUGAAGAAAGUGCAUUAUUCGAAGCCGGUCGUCGUCUAUGUCGAGAUACUACACUUUAUGUUACACAUAAUCCAUGUCGUCAAUGUUCAAAGAAAAUUAUUCAAAAUGGUAUAAAACGUGUUGUUUAUACAAGAGAAUAUUCUUCAAGUUUGGAAGAUGUUCGUCAAUUGUUUGAACAAGCGAAUAUUAAAUUAGAUAAACAAAACAUGGAAUCAAUACCGUUAUUAAGACUAAAUCAGUAA